AUGGGUUCAAUUGAAGGUUAUUUGAAUGAAAAUGGAAUAUUGAAUUUGCAACGUUUUGAGAAAUUUUUGAAAGUGUUCUCAAAAAUUGAUCGACAAAGUUUUGUGCAAAUAAUGGACGAUGAGAAUUAUUUGGCAUCGAAACGAAACGAAACGUCGAUGGCGAUGGGUGGUGGUGGGGGGUCGUCUUCGAGAGGUGUUGAUGGACACAAAUCCAAAUCGAUACGCAAAAAGAUACCAAAUGGGGACGAUGAGGAAGAAGACUUGGAAUUGCAUCCAUAUUCGGAUUCGGAUAUGGAGAUGGAUGAAGAGGAGACUGCAGAUGCGCAGAUGCAGGAAGCAGUGAAAGGGCAAUCGAAGGCGAAAGGUGCGUUCGAUUCGGAUUCUGAGGGCGACGACGGGUCCUCGGAUGAGGCGAAAUCACGAGAGGCAGAGACCAAAUUCGAACUGCCUUCAGCUUGCGAGUUGCUGUCUGAUGGUUUGCCACCGUCAGAUGAGGACAAUUUUGCAAUGGGAGUGUUGGAUGAAGAUGAUUACGAGAAUGAUUUUGAGAUCGCGUGGACACACACAGUGAAUCGAGCAUUCAAGAACCACAAACGUGACUAUUACACAGAUAAAUUGAAAUACGAGAAUAUCAGCAAGGAAGAGUUGAGAGAACAGGCCGAAGGCUACAUACGUGCACUGCAGUGGAAUCUGCAUUAUUACUAUCACGGUUGUUGCAGUUGGAAUUGGUUCUAUCCGCAUCAUUAUGCACCGUACAUAUCGGACGUU